UUCCCAGUAGAACAGUUGAAGAAACGGGGCGAAAUAGCUUUGCUUUCUCCCCAACGCGCCUGUGCCCGUGUGCCGUCGCCGUACUGGACGUCUCUUUCUCAAAAUUCUCUCUCCGCAGCCUACUACAAGCAAGUCUGCCGUAUCCAUCCGUGCCCGAGUAUUUAUCAGGCCCCUCCCCGACGCCUCGACGCCCUCCGCUUCCGCGCGCCACCGCUCGCGUCGCGUCGUCCCCGGCCGGCCGGCUUCCGGAAACCCAUGGAGGCGGCGCUGGGGGCGUUGUGCCGCGCCGGAGGGUGGUCGUACGCGGCCGUAUGGCGCUUCCAUCCCCACGACCCUCGGUUGCUUACAUUGGGGGAGAGAUACUCCGAAGAUGAGGCUAAAACAGUGGUUGAGAAGAUGCUCGGUCAAGUUCAUAUUAUUGGGGAAGGCAUCAUAGGAGAAGCUCUAAUAAGCGGUGAGUGUCAAUGGAUAUACGAUGCUACUUGCAACGCGUUGAACCAGACAAGCCACGCAGAUAACCGAGAGUUAUUUGAGGGUUAUACGUGGUGGCAAUACCAGUUCCUGAAUGGAAUAAAGACCAUUGCAGUAUUACCUCUUCAGUUGCAGGGAUUGGUGCAAUUUGGUUCCUUUCGGAAGGUUCCCAGGAGCUCAGAUUUUCUUAAUCAGGUCAGAAAUAUAUUUGAUCAGAUGAAGAACGCUUCAAUGGAGAAUACCCGAAUCAAUUCUCUUGCAUGUAGUCAGCAACCUAUCAUCACUUCCUUGAGAUCUGCAAAUGACAUUCUUGUACAUAACACAGUCAACCCAUUGCAAAGUGAGAAGCUUGAGGAUAAUAUAGAGAAAGCAGAAUCUAUAAGGAGUUCGAUCUGUUCUCCGAGCAAUUCACAGAGGCCUUUAAAUGAUUUAACCUCCUAUGUUACUGGUAACACCAAUAUUGAUACUCACAUAUUGGCGAUGCCUGUUAACUCCAAGUCUAUAUAUGAGCUCAAAGGAUUUGAUAAGGUCACUGACUUUUUUCAUCAAAAUGUUGAUGCCAGAACUGAAGUUCAAGUCAACUCUAGCAAAGUGCCUGAUUCUUUUAUUGCCAGUAUAAUGUCAGCAUACAAAAGUUCAAACAAUCUUCAUAGGAUGACAAAUGAAUCAUCUGAUCAGAACAUGCCAUAUCCCCCAUACCAUUACACUACCACCAACUCUCCCAAUUCCAGGCUUGAUGAACUUUGUUAUUCCAGUGCUGGUUUCUCAUCAUCACUUACAACAGUAUCCGGAAAAUGCCUCCAGACCGAGAGUGACAGAUUUCUAUGUAAAUCUGUAUCAUUCAGCAGCAACCCUUGUGUUUCUGAAAUCCAAGAUAAUUGCCUCACACCACAUCAUGCCCUCAUGCAUAAACAAUCUCUGAUACCUGACACUGGAGAAUGUGUGAAGCUUCUCUCACCUGAUAGUACAUGUCCUGAAUUACCAAAUAGGACAUCUGAAGAAGCUACUGCAGGAACAUCAAACAGUGACAUGAAGGAAUGUACUGGAAACAACAGUCUACUAGAAAGUAUGAUGCUUGACCUUAGCACUAACAGCUUUGUGCAAGAUUGGUGGGAUGACAACGUUCUACUGGCAGGAAACCUUCAAAAUUUAGGCAACGUGCACUCAGAGUCUGCUACAGAAUUGGCCAAUAAGCAUCCAUCGUCAACUAGGGAGAGAGGCUUGCUUUCCAUAUCUGCUGUCGAACAAUUACUCAGUGCUGAUGCGCCUCCACCUGCAGGACAUGGUCCACUUGGGGCUGAAGCUAGUGCUUUAGCUAACUGUGUUUCAAAUUAUCAGUUACCUCAGUUUCCUUUUCGAGACUGCAUAACAGCAUACAAUGCACAAGUCCCGUCAUUGGCCUCCAGCAGCUAUACAUCCGGAAAUGUCCAAAAUGGCUCCUCAAAGGCAACUUCAGUGCCACCAGCAAAUAUAUCUGUGGAUGACACCUGCAGUUUCAACACAACAAAUUCCAAGGGCAGUCAAUCGAACAAUACUGAGGGAACGAAGGUUGCCAAGAAAAGAGCUAGAGCCAGCGAGAGCACCCGGCCUAGACCAAAAGACCGACAACUGAUACAAGAUCGAGUCAAAGAACUACGAGAGAUUGUCCCUAAUGGUGCAAAGUGCAGCAUUGAUGCUUUAUUGGAGCGAACAAUUAAACAUAUGCUGUUUCUACAAAGUGUAACCAAGUAUGCAGAGAAAAUUAAGCAAGCUGAUGAACCAAAGUUGAUCGACAAAGAGAGUGGUGUCAUCCUGAAAGACAACCAAGAUGCCGGCAAAAAUGGUGGUGCCACAUGGGCCUAUGAGGUUGCUGGGAAAACUAUGGUUUGCCCUAUAAUCGUUGAGGAUCUUUCGCCACCUGGUCAGAUGCUUGUUGAGAUGCUUUGUGAGGAAAGGGGACUCUUUCUGGAGAUAGCCGACAACAUACGUGGUUUUGGUCUGACGAUCUUGAAAGGGCUGAUGGAACUCCGCGAUGGCAAGAUAUGGGCGCGAUUUCUUGUCGAGACAAACAGAGAAGUCACAAGGAUGGAUAUAUUUUUGUCACUUGUUCAGUUACUGGAGCAAAACAGCCUCGUUCGAUCAAACGAGCAGAUGGCAAAGGUCAUGAACAGUGGGGUUCCAUCCUUCACAGACCAUCAGCGGUCUCCGCUACCGAUUCCGGUAGGCGUUGCUGAGAGACUGCAGUGACUGCAGAUGCUUAGAUUAGAUAGGAUUAGGCGACUCGACUGAUAGCAAAAUUGGUAGCCAGGACUCCAUGCAUUUGACAGAGCCUAGUGUUGACACCCGACAGCCUCACUGCUGCUAGAAAUGCUAGUAUCAAGAAUAUCAUUGAUGCAAACAUGAGCUUUUAGUGCAGAAAUCAUGAACGCCCCGGAUGAUGACUGGGGGUGAUCUAUGAUGCCAAUUUCAUUCUCUCCUGCCUAGUUAGAAAUCCUAUGUUGCCGCCUAGCGCCUGGGUAACUGGGUUCUUGAUACUGGUGUUUCUGUAUGCAGUGAUGGAAGUGUUGUAUAGCUCGCGUGCAGUGGCAGAGCCUCAUGGAGGUCACACUGGGCUAUGCCCCUCCAUUUUCAUUUUGUGAUUCUAUAAUGUAUAUGUCAUGACUAAUAAGAUAUUAAAGCUUAAUAUCUACUGACAGAUCCUCCAAAA